AUGAUUAAAAUGGAGACUGACAAAAUUAUGGACGAGACCAACUCAAAUUCGCAAGCUUUCACAUCAACAAUGCUGUAUGAUCCCGUCCGUAAGAAAGAAUCAACGCAAAUAUUUCAAAAUGAACGUGAGACCUGCUUAACCUACUUCUCGCAAUGGAACGAAGCGGAUCAGGUUGAAUUCGUGGAACAGCUUCUUGCGCGCAUGUGCCACUACCAACAUGGACACAUAAAUGCGUUCCUUAAACCGAUGUUGCAGCGUGAUUUCAUCACAUUACUGCCGAAGAAAGGGCUUGAUCACAUUGCCGAAAACAUACUCACCUAUUUGGAUGCAGAUUCGCUCAAGUCCGCCGAAUUGGUAUGUAAAGAAUGGCUGCGUGUUAUCUCCGAAGGUAUGCUCUGGAAGAAGCUGAUCGAGCGCAAAGCACGCACCGAUUCUUUAUGGCGUGGCUUGGCAGAGCGUCGAGGUUGGAUGCAAUAUCUCUUCAAGCCGCGUCCAGGCACUACUCACCGGCCACACUCUUUCUAUCGCGAACUAUAUCCCACUAUAAUGAAGGAUAUCGAGAGCAUAGAGAACAAUUGGCGUAGCGGUCGUCACAUGUUACGUCGCAUUAAUUGCCGUUCUGAGAAUUCAAAGGGUGUUUAUUGUCUGCAGUAUGACGAUCAGAAGAUUGUUUCUGGUCUGCGUGAUAAUACCAUUAAAAUAUGGGACCGCACGGACUUGCAGUGUGUUAAGACUUUGACUGGUCACACCGGUUCAGUUUUGUGUCUUCAGUAUGACGAUAAAGUCAUUAUUAGCGGUUCGUCAGAUUCGACGGUACGAGUUUGGGAUGUCAACACCGGCGAAAUGGUUAACACGUUGAUUCAUCAUUGUGAAGCUGUGCUUCAUUUACGUUUCAAUAAUGGCAUGAUGGUAACCUGCUCGAAGGAUCGUUCGAUUGCUGUGUGGGAUAUGACUUCGCCCAGCGAAAUCACCUUGCGACGUGUAUUGGUCGGUCAUCGCGCCGCCGUUAAUGUGGUGGAUUUCGAUGAGAAGUACAUUGUAUCGGCCAGCGGUGAUCGCACCAUUAAAGUGUGGUCAACAUCAAGCUGUGAAUUUGUGCGCACAUUGAAUGGACAUAAGCGCGGCAUCGCGUGUCUGCAAUAUAGAGAUCGCUUAGUGGUCAGUGGUAGUUCUGAUAACUCAAUCAGACUUUGGGAUAUUGAAUGUGGUGCUUGUUUGCGUGUGUUGGAGGGUCAUGAUGAACUGGUACGUUGCAUUCGUUUCGAUUCGAAACGGAUUGUCAGUGGCGCAUAUGACGGUAAAAUAAAAGUUUGGGACUUGGUUGCGGCGUUAGAUCCGCGCGCACAGGCAAACACACUUUGCUUGAAUACCUUGGUGGAGCACACUGGCCGUGUUUUCCGCUUGCAAUUCGAUGAAUUCCAGAUUGUCAGCAGUUCGCACGAUGACACCAUUCUCAUAUGGGAUUUUUUGAACUUCCAACCUAAUGAAAAUGCAUCAUGUCGCCCACCUUCACCUGCACUUACACUAAUGGAACAUUAACGUUUCGCAUUAGUCUAUAAUUUGAAUAACACCCAAAACAAUAAGGCAAUUGACGUAUGACAAAUUUACGCUAAAGUGAUCAUAAAGGGCACAUUUAAUGCAAACAUUAUAACAUAUUAUCAAAACAUAGCAAAAUGUUAAUUGUGUUAAAUUUAACCGAGUACAUUGCAGUAACAUUGAAACUGUAGACAAAAAAAUCUGAAUAAAUUACAAACAAAACACACAAUAUCGUCGUUUGCUUGCCGCGGCAGCUGAUCUCCAAAAGGAUUACAAGAAAAAAUAAUUCAUACGUAAAAAUAUAAAGAAAAUACAUUAAACGCGUUCCACUGAGGCGAAGAAAAAUAAGAGAUUGCAUAAAACAAGUCGUUGAUCUUAAAAGUGAAGUGAACAUAUAUAAUGUAUGAAUAUGUGCUUAUAUGUGCAUCAGCUGACACAUAACCAUUAUUAAAACGCUUAGUAUUAUUGAGAAAAAGAGAAGCAACUGAUAAAAAUAUCAUUUAUUGGGUAAAUGUUAACAAAAUUAUUAUAAUAAAUUGACAUUUAGGCGUUGUAAAAUUACAAAAUCGAAUCGAAAGUGCACUGUAAGUUACGUUGAUGUGGAAACGAUGGGCGAACGGAUGAGUGCGUUAGCUACUCAGGAGAAAAGUAAAGGAGAUGGACGUCAUCAUCAUCAUCAACAUCAUCAUUUAAGCUGAAGCAUACACAAGUAAAACAAUUUUAAUUUGUAAUUAGCGUAGAAAUGUUGAACAAAAUACAUACAAAAAAUCCAAUUAUAUCGAGAAAUUGCAGAGAGAAAGGAAAUAAAUAAAUUGAAUGUAUGAACUAAGACAUACUAUA